CAAAAGACACCCCACACCGGCAAACGCCUUGCAUUCACGCCUACCCAAUGAUCUUCACUCCAGUCCACUAGUUCUCAAGAGCAUUGUCUGCUAGGAGCAGGUCGAGUCCCUUCGCAUCUGGUUCAACACUUAUUCCUGUCCAAAUGACGGUGGGGAAACCCACAUGUUGUGCCGGGGACGCGCGGGAUACCCACUUCUUGUUUAUGGUAUGGGGCCAAUCGCAUGUGCCUCGUCGAGGCGGAUGUCUCCUGUGGUCUUUAAAGGCUAGAGGUAUCUAGGUGCAUCAUCCCUACCGCCAAUCCACUAAGGGAUGGGGGUUCCUAACUUAUAAUCACGGACCAAGCGCCACAGAGGAGGCGCCGACCCCGAGUUCACCAGGUGAUCAGUGCUCGUCGGAUUCAGAGCGUAGACUCUGGACUUGUCUAUCGGUCCAUCGAUCCUUCUUGCUCCACUAUCACCACCUCCUCUUUCAAGCUUCACCAUGGCAUGCCCUCUCUCCAUGCACGAGGUACAUCCUGCCGCAGAUUUCACACAACAAGUUAGUACGGUUCCGUUCACGGUUCCGAGUGCAAUUUCCCAACCCGCCUUCCCCGGAGAGAGUCAUGACGACGAAGGGAUCUUGGAUUCAGGGCUUGAUGACGACUUUUCAGACUAUGCGGAGGAGCUAGCGAGUGAUACUACAUCGUUAGACUCCGAGAUAACAUCGUAUCGCUAUGAAAAUGGACGGCGAUAUCAUGCGUACAAGGACGGGGCUUACUGGGCACCAAAUGAUGAUAAACAAAAUACACAGCUAGAUAUUGCUCACCAUAUGUUUACAUUAUUGCUGGAUGGCAAGUUACAUUUAGCACCCACGGGAUAUAGCAUUCAGAGAGCGCUUGACAUUGGCACCGGCACUGGUAUUUGGGCCAUUGAUUUUGCGGAUGAACAUCCCUCUGCCGAAGUCAUCGGUACGGAUCUGUCACCCAUUCAGCCAAGCUUCAUCCCUCCUAACCUGCAAUUCGUGAUUGAUGAUGCAUGUGAGGACUGGAUCUAUCCUGCAAACUACUUCAAUUUGAUUCACACCCGCACUUUGUACGGAGCAGUUGCGGACUGGCCGCAAUUCUACCGCAAGGCCCUCAGACAUUUACGUCCUGGAGGAUGGUUCGACCAGCUAGAGAUGUCCAUACAAUUCCGAUCAGACGACGAGACAUUAUCAGAAGAUCAUGUGCUGGCGAUCUGGUCAAAGACCUUCCUUGAGGCAGGCGAGAAAUUAGGGAAGACUUUCCGCAUCGCCGAGCUAGCUGCUGGCUAUAUGCGAGAGGCAGGCUUUCAGAAUGUUGUUGAGCACCGGUACAAGUUGCCGGUGGGCCCGUGGAGCAGAGACAAGAAGCUGAAGAGUCUCGGGAUGUGGAAUCUGGUUCAUUGCGAGCAUGGCAUUGAAGGCUGGGCUAUGGCAUUGCUUACGCGGGUAAUGAAGUGGACCUUCGCAGAAGUACAUGUUUUCUUGGCCCAAAUGCGCAAAGGUCUGCGGGAUCCAAAUGUUCAUGCUUACUUUGAAGUGGUUGCAGUCUAUGGUCAGAAACCUAUACACACCAUUUAGCUCAUAGAUUCAAUGCGUGUGUAUAUACCGUGAGUUUAAGAGUGGCAGUAACAAAUUAUUACGAAUUGACUC